AUGCUUUUUGGUUGGAUGGCGGAUGUGCAUGUUAUUUUCUGGCGGAAAGUAAUCUUUGCUCUUGCAGGCUUUAGGUUUGUUGGUGCCAAGAGAAAGGUGUGUCUGUCUGCUACAAAUAUACCCUUUUGCUUUUUUUUUUUUUUUUUUUUUUUUUUCUUUUUUUUUGGAUAG